AAGCUUCAUGUCUCUCUCUCUCUCUCUCUCUCUGACUCUUGAGUGAAUAAUAUGAGGACGAUUAUCAUCAGACUUUGAUAUUUUGAUUAUCAGAUCUGUUGAGUUAUAGAAUGAAAGCUCGAGAUUAAAGCUUUUGGAGACUUUUGAGAUUCGAUUUUGAUGUCUUCACCGCCGACGGCAACGGCGUCGUAUUGGUGUUACAGCUGCAGCCGAUUUGUCAGGGUAUGGAGCGACGAAACCGUUAUUUGCCCGGACUGCAACAGUGGCUUCGUGGAGGAGAUCGAUAACCCGACGCUUGCCACACGAAGGACGUUUCCUGCCGCAGCGAUGUACAUGGUCGGGAACCGAUCGAAUCCCGACCAGAGCCCCACCCCUGCUCUCCGUAGGACCCGCCGUCUACCCGGUAACCGGUCCCCGAUUAAUCCGGUAAUCGUGCUUCGUGGGCAGUCCGAUGGGGACAACGAGAGUCGUGGAUUCGAGUUGUAUUACGAUGAUGGCGGUGGAUCAGGGUUGAGGCCGUUGCCGCCGAGUAUGUCGGAGUUUUUGUUGGGAUCCGGGUUUAAUCAGUUGCUGGAUCAACUCUCGCAGAUUGACAUGAACGGAAUAGGUCGCUGCGAGCAUCCUCCGGCGUCCAAAGCUGCAAUAGAGUCCAUGCCGACAAUAAUCAUCGACGACACUCACAUAGCAAUGGAAUCUCACUGUGCAGUUUGUAAGGAAGCUUUCGAAUUGGAAUCGGAGGCAAAGGAGAUGCCAUGUAAGCACAUCUACCACACUGAUUGCAUCCUACCCUGGCUGUCCCUCCGCAACUCGUGCCCUGUUUGUCGCCACGAACUGCCGGCGGAUAGCCAGGGCUCCCCCCUGUCUAAUCACAGCGGUCGGCUUUUGGGUUCGAGCAACGAAGAGGAGGCUGUGGGAUUGACCAUAUGGAGAUUGCCGGGAGGAGGGUAUGCAGUGGGGAGGUUUUCUGGGGCAAGAAGAGGAGGGGAGAGUGAGCUGCCUGUUGUGUACACGGAGAUGGACGGUGGGUUCAACGGUGGGGGUGUGCCAAGGAGGGUGUCAUGGGGUGCAAGGGGAAGUAGGGGAGGAAGAGAGACCGGUGGGCUUCGUCAAUUAGUCCGCAAUUUGUUUUCUUGCUUUGGGAUUGGUAAUGGAAAUGAAAGUAGGAGGAGUGGAAAUGGGAGUAGGAGUUCAAAUUCGAGCCCAAGCUCGAGCUCAGGUAUGAGGAUUAGGAGUAGUGCUACAUCGGUAAGGAGAAGGGGUAGGGCUGUGGAUUUUGAUAGAGAGAGGAGCAGAUGGUGAAUUAUUCGAGAAACAGAAGUCAUUGAACUCAGAACUUGUGUAUUUUAAAGAGGGAGAAAAAUGAAUGCAAUUGGUGCGCAAUUUACGAGUCUCAAUUUUUAUGAAUUGGGAAAGUGUUACUGAUUCACAGUAAGUAGCUCAAAUCAAGGUAUGUCCGAGAGAAGCAGACGAAUUCAAACAGGGAAAAUGUGGAUUAGUGUUGUUUUCAGGGGAGAAAUUAUUGAAGAAAAUGGGAUAUCUAAGAAGCAGAAAUUGCAGGAGCAGAGGAGCUGAAGGAGUGAAAAUGUGGAGUUAGUGUUUGUUAUCUGGAGAGAAAGCAGGCAAGUGGUCUCCUGUACCAAUGAUAUCGUUAUGAGAGGAUCUGCUCUCCAUUUCUUUUACCUUUUGUUCUCACGUUUUUUCGUUUUCGCAAUUGUUUGUAAUCUUUAGUCAAGCUUGUUGUGUUCCUUCUUCAACAUCAUUCUUUCCGGGAAAAUUUCUAUGAAUGCUAUACAACAGGUUGCUUGAAAUUUAACAUUACAAGUGAUAGCCUAUUUUUUAAUGUUAUAUUGCAUGCUACAAUGGAUGGAUAUAUUUAGUCAGUAGCAUUAAUACUAUGGACGAAUACCUGAAUUUAAGGUUUGCUUUGCCAA